AUGAGACCCAACGGACAAUCCCUGCCACCACAAAGUGCUGACCCAGACGAGUACUAUGUCAAGCAGCAGCGCAUCGGAAAGGGCAGCUUUGGAGAGGUCUACCGAGGAUACUACAAGGUCACUGGAUCUCCUGUAGCCAUUAAGAUCAUUGACCUAGAGAAUGCCGAAGAUGAGAUCGAUGAUAUACAGCAGGAGAUCAGCAUCCUCAGUCAGCUGGAUAGCGAGCAUGUCACAGAAUAUCACGGCUCUUGGCUCAAAGGGACCAACCUAUGGAUUGUUAUGGAGUACUGCUCAGGGGGCUCAUGUUCGGACCUCAUGAAGCCUGGGCGUCUGCGUGAAGAUUACAUUGCGAUCAUCAUGAGAGAGUUGUUGAAAGGGCUGGAGUACCUACAUGCUCAGGGGAAGCUGCAUAGGGAUAUCAAAGCCGCAAACGUACUACUGUCUGCCAGUGGCGACGUCAAGCUGGCUGACUUUGGAGUCUCCGGUCAACUGACGGCAACGAUGACAAAGAAGAACACGUUCGUGGGCACCCCUUACUGGAUGAGUCCCGAAGUGAUCAAGCAGAGCGGCUACGACUUCAAAGCGGACAUCUGGAGUUUGGGUAUUACUGCGAUCGAGCUGGCAAUGGGAGCGCCACCAUACGCUGAUCUACACCCGAUGAAGGUGCUUUUCCUCAUUCCCAAAAAUCCACCGCCCCAGCUGGACGCACAGUUUUCCAAAGCCUUCCGCGAAUUUGUGAGCCUGUGUCUUCAAAGAGAUCCGGCGAACCGUCCCACAGCCAAGGAGCUGCUUCGCCAUCGCUUCAUCAAAACAGCAAAGCGGUCUUCGACUCUCGUUGAGCUCAUCCAACGUCUUGAGCGAUGGCGGGCGGAAGGUGGAGAUCGACAGGAGCAGCAAGAGCUUAGCACAGACGACGAUGACGCCGACGGUGACGAGAGUGACAUGUGGGACUUUGGGACGAUCAAGAAUGCC